ACACUAACCUCCUCUGUUCAAGGCACGAAAAGCCUUAAAAAAACCUCGACAAUUUUGUAACAACACGCCAUUACGCUUUACUAAAAAUGUAACGAAGCGAGUCGAGGCGGAGGAAAAAACCCGCUGUGCAGAUUUUUUUUUUGUUUUACCAUUGGAAAAUUCUCAUAACUAAUUCACAAUUUUUUUUUUUUUUUGGAGGAAGCAGUUUUGUGCAGUCACCUCUAGUCGGGGAGGAGGAAGAAUUUCUGCAGCAGGAGCCUGUUUCGCAUGAGCUACAUCGCAUUUGGAGUAACACAGGCUCAGAGGAGGUGGAGUCAUGAGUGCACAGGAGGCACCCAAUCCUGGGAAGGAGCAGGCAAACAGUGGGAAUGGGAAUACAGCCACAGAUGCCUCAACAACCAACAGUACUACUCCACCACCAAUUGCUGUAAAGAAAGAACCCGGGACAUCGGAGAAGAGCAAUGGGAAAGUUGGAGAUGUCAAUCCUGCUGAGAUCUGUGUUGUCAUUGGAGGGAAGAAUGGAGGAACAAGUGGAGGUGGACCCCGUAGAGCUCCAGCCGAGGGUAUGUUUGCCCUUGGUACUCCUCCUCCAACGAAGAGCACAGACUCAUGCAUAGGUUCGUAUGUAUGUGCAGUUUGUGGGAAGAAGUACAAGUAUUAUAACUGCUUCCAGACGCACGUCAGAGCACACAGAGAAUCAGAGAGCAUGGUUGGAGAUGGUCUGCCUCAGACACCCAAUAGCAGCUUCCGUUACUCCUGCGACAUCUGUGGCAAGAAGUAUAAAUACUACAGUUGUUUCCAGGAGCAUCGUGACCUGCAUGCAGUUGAUGAUCCAUACGAACAGGUGGUGUUACCUGUUGACGGUCUCAAAGAAGAAGAGCCAGUUGAACCCUAUCAGAAAAUUGGACCAAAAACAGGAAGCUAUGUUUGUGAGUUCUGUGGGAAACAGUACAAGUACUUCAACCCGUACCAGGAGCAUGUUGCCCUUCACACACCACUGAGCUCAUUUGAUUUAAAGACCUCACGGGCACAGGAAUGUGGCAGUAUAGACAUGAGUAAGUUUGGACACAGCCAAGCUGGUAAAAUAAAAAGUCCGAAUAAAGCAUUGAACAACAGCCCAUUUAAGAGGAAAUUGGAGAGUGCAAUUCAGUCCAGUCUGGUUGACACAAACAGUUCUCAGAACUCAAGCGCAGGAACUCCAAGCCCUCUGGUGGCCACCUCCUUCUCUACAGUGCAGAAACCCUAUACUUGUGGUGCCUGUGGCAUCCAGUUCCAGUUCUACAACAACCUGCUGGAGCAUAUGCAGUCGCACGCUGCUGAUAGUGAGAACCACACCAAAGGGGACUCUCCCAAAACCUCUUCAGCCUCGGGUCCUCAAGAGCCGCUAUGGAGAGGGUCCCAGACUCAGGCCCACCCCUCCGUUAAAAUACAAAUCCAGCCUCAAAGUAUCUCUCAGAGAAAUCAUACUCUCAGCCAGAAUAAUGGGCUACCUGAGAAGGAGCGACAGCAGGUGGCUGAGCGCCUAUUACGGGUAAUGUGCUCUGAUCUGAGCAUGCUAAAUGUGCUUAACAGCAAGGACUUCCUGAAGUUGGCUCAGACCCUUGUGGAUACAGGUGCUCGUCAUGGUGCCUACUCCACCCGUGAUGCUCUUGGCAACAUGAGUGCCUUGGCACUGCGCCAGCUUCCUCGCAUGUACAACCAGGUGAAAGUUAAGGUCACGUGUGCUUUGGGCUCCAACGCUUCACUUGGCAUUGCUGUUACCUGCCACUCCCAGACAUCUGGGCCAGAUGCCUGCUACGUUCUAACAGCCUACCAGGUGGAGGGGUCCAGACUCAAACGCUACGUGCUCGGGUUAAGGGAAGCCGAGCUGAGGGAAGGGCCUGAGCAGGUCCACCACUGGGUGCAGAAUGUACUGUCUGAGUUUGUCAUGUCGGACAUUCGAACUGUUUAUGUCUCUGAGCCACAACUGUGGGCGGCAGGAUUUGCAGGAUCGCCCCUGGGAGGCGGCGGGCGUGGUCGGAUAUGUUUGAGAUGUGCGGGAUGUUCGCUCGGAGCAGUUGUUCAGGCUGUCCUUGGAAAGCGCAGCCUCCAGGCUCGAGGGCUUCACGAGUUAGCUGAGCUUCUCGCAACUUGCAGAGAUAUUGCCUCCUCGGCCACACUGGGUCUACGUGAAGAACAGUGCUUCAGCACAUCCACAAGCACAACUGAGGAAGGUGCACAAAUCCCCCCUGCACAAUGCCCUACGCCUCCUUGCUGGGAUCCUACGGCUGAAGCUCUCCUUCAGGUUCAUGCUCACUUCGAACACAUUUGUGAGGCCUAUGGCCGCAGCAAGGCUACAGCCCCUCUUCUUCAAGGUCUCAACAAGCACCUGUUGGGCACUCUGGCUUGUCUGCUGGCACCUCUGCGCCUGGCUGCGCUGGAGCUGAGCAGCCAGAGACGACCAACCUUACAGCAGGUGCUGCCCGUUUACCUACGUUUGGAGAAGUUUUUCACAUCUAAAGCGGGGGAAGCUGGAACUGGCACAGCUAGCAAGCUCUGCCACUAUUUCCUCGAAGCACUUAAAGAAAACUUUAAGGUUGAAAGAGCCCACCAGGUUGCCAUGGUUCUGAACCCACAGCUCAAACUGCGUUCGGUGCCGGCCUACCAGCAUGAAGACAUCAUUUCCCGUGCAUGCGAAAUGGCUGCCGAAAGUAAGGAUGGAGGUAUGAGUAGCGGUGGAGGUUCAGGUGGAGAGGAGCGGGAUGCAGAUGGUCCCUCUGCCCCUAAAAUAAGCCGUAUGGAUGGAAGUGGAAACAACAGUGGCCCUUCGAGGAGCACCUGCACGGCAUCUGGUGAUGAGGGUCAGAGCCAAGUUAGAAAAGAGAUUUUUCAAUAUCUGGCUGAGCCUCUUGUCCAAGGUACCCCUGAUCUCUUCCAGUAUUGGAGCUCAACAGUUGCUGAGAAGUUCCCCAGGCUUGCCCGCUUGGCUCUGUGGCUGCUUGCUGUUCCUGCUGUGGGCAUACGCAGCGAGUGUGUGACUGUGUGUGAGCAGAGCCUGGCUAUGAAGAGGAGGCAGCAAGUCACUGCUGAAGAGAUGAACAAACUAAUUUUCCUUCGCUCUAAUCUGGGUUAGAAGGGCAACCCAACAUACUCUAAUCAACCAAACUUUCACUCAAACAAAGACUCGAGACAUUUAUUUAUAUACUGUAGGUUUAGGCAAACUGUACACAUCAAUGUCCAGGAACAUUUAGUAAU